UUGUCUGAGUUGGGAUUUUGGUGGGAAAGGGCAACACUUGCCUUUAUCAGUCAAUUGCUGUGUGCUUUCAUUUGACAAAUUCUGCUACACACGGAUACAGGUUAGUGUUAAAGAUCUUGAUCCUUCAAUAAUUCUUCAAAGUCUAAACGAAUGUAAAAAAGAAAUUGAGCGGUAUAGACAUGAAUCUUGAAUGUCGUCUGGUUUAUGGCUUCACGGUUUAUUCGUGUCUGACACUGAAUUUCCGAUCUACACUUCCAGUUUUCAAGCUACUUUUUAUGGUCUUAUGUUACCACUGUUUUACCUGUGUUUGUUUAUUGUUUCGGGUAUUUCGUGUUACAAAUCAUGUCGCAAGUCGAGCCUGGAGGCAUUGAAGGUAUUUGUUGUAGAACUGUCGUAGACCGGCCAUAUUGGAAUUGGAGCGUGUUAGCUCAAGAUUACCUUGUUGUGAUUUACUACUCCGUAUACGCGUUUGUGAGUCGCUGGUAAACUCUGUCCUUGACGUCAGUUGAACAAUCAUUUGGAUUCUAAUCCAAAAAUGUUAAAUACUGGUAGAUUUAGUGGUGCAUCUACGUUUGCAAAGGAUUCCGAAAGGGGGCGCACAACGACAGUUGGCAUGCAGUUCUGAAGGUUAAUUGUUCGCACCUCACUCCCCAGGUUAUGCUAUUUUUCGCAGAGAAAGGAAACCUAAAAUUUUUGGAUUCGCAAAUGCGAUGGAAAGAGGAAUCGGAAAAAUUGCCACUGUUGUAAAACUUGAACUUGCAUCUAAAAUUUUCGGGAAAAUGAUACCGAAGCCUUGGGUAAUUUCGAAAACAGUCCAGUUGCCUUAGGAUAACCGAACAUAGAUAAAUUUUACUAGCGGUGAUUAGAGUGUAUUUCUAAAGAUCCAAAAGUACUCUGGAUAGCCUAAAAAGCGUUUUCAAGUCAUUUGGGAGGUAAGCGUCGUUUGGUGCCCCUGUCCGAUAUGUGAGUGUUAUAGUUAAAACUUCGUGUUUGUAGGUGUUUUCCCCGUUCAAAAAAAUCUCACGUUGGUGGCCAUACUGAAUUCAGAUCUACGUUUACACGAAGCCAUGCGAAGACUUGCAUGAGAUAGUCACAAAAGCAAUGAAAUACUCUGAAAAACAAUGAAAGUCAAAUAUAUUGUCCUCAAAUGACUGGGGCCUUCCUCUGACUGGAGUCGAGAUUUGCAGUCCAAAAAAUCGAAGCUCAAAACUAUCUGGGCUGAAUAUUUUUCUAUUUAGUUACGGAUUCCUUUUUUUCCUUAACUUCUCAGUUAACAUCAGACAACAACAGACUGUAAUUAAAAAAAAGUUGUGAUGAUUUCCUUGUGUAAAAUUUAUUAUCGAUUGCGUGAUCUAGAAUCCUGACGUGACUAAUUCUUCCUAACAAUGAUGUUAUCCUCCCUUUUCUAAAACCCUGACUACUUCCUUUUUCGCUUUCAAUUUCCUCCCGUCGUUUGCUUUUUCUGAGCCCAUCGUCUUUCUUUCUGUUAAAUGAUUUGCGAGUGUAUAUACAGGUUAGUCUUUCAGUGUCUGCUUUGAAGUUGCUAAUUUGCAAAGAUUAAGCGACUGUUGUAGAGGCUUCGACAUGAAUGCUGUCUUAGAGGCUCGGUCAAUUUAUUGUUAAACUUAUAUUUCAUAAUUGUAAUCAUUCUUAUCAAUGAGUUCGUGUCCUAGUUAUUGUAAGCGCGCAGCUACAGCACUAUCAUUGUUUUACUCCUUUACUGUGACUUUGCGUGCUUGAGUCAACAAAAUGUUCAACCCUUGUUUGUACAUUCAAACUUAGCGUAUUGCUUUGCUUAUCUAGAUGUAAUUAUUAGGUAACAACGGACAUUUCUAAAGUGGCAUGAGUUACCCGUACCGCGUCUAGUUGUUAUUUUGUGCACUUUCUACACCCCAUUGUACAGAGCUCCAUUAACUGUCCGAUCAUUUUUUUAUUAGAAUUAUUAAAUUGGGUAAAUGUUGCUAAAAUGUCUAUUCCAGCCUUAAAGUGAUUUAUCCAAACAACGUGCCACGUUUAAAAGGCAGGUAAAAUUUAAAAUCUUGUUUUAUCAGCACCGUGGAUAUACUUAACACUAACUGCGACGGUAUUGUCUGAUUGCCAAAUAAAGUCUUACCUUUUUUGAGACUAAAAGUUAUUAACUCAAUCCGAAUUCUGGCCAACCCUGCGCACGCCCUCCGCCACGGUCUUCGACGGCAUCACUAAAACAUGGAAUCCGGAAUCCGGAAUCCGGAAACGGAAACGGAAUCAUGGAAACAAAAACGGAAACGGAAUACGGAAUCAAAUAUCAAUGAUAGAAAAUUAAACCGAAUUAAAGGAUUUCACAUUGCAUUGUUUUAGUUUUCUUGGCAGUUCCCUUAAAUAUACUCUUGUUAUUGUGUCUUGAUAAGGUUUGUCGUAGUGUGGGUUAUUGCAGUGAAAGGCCGAUGAAAGUAAUUUUACGAGUAAUUUUGUUCACGAGUUUAUGGGUUGAAUAAUACAGUUAAAAAUUACCUUUGUAGCUAAAUGUCAAGAAUAGUAGUAGUUGGCCUCAGAUUACACCACGUGAUUGUCCCGAAACUGAAUCACUCAACACAUGACCGAACCGUGACGUGACCACAGUUCCGGUGUUGUAGCAAUAAGUUCAACUUUUUCGCCAAGCUAAAUACUGAUGGGAUACUGGUGUACCGGUAAUUGAGUUUACGCAGAAACUCAUCUAGGAGGUUGAACAACCCCUUACGAGUUUCUGGUUUACGUUGACGUCCGUAUUGUUGUUGAAGAGGCUUAUUAAACAUGGCGCAUUAUUUUGAUGUAAUCAGUUGCGGAAUCAAGCGAAUGCGUGCACAAUUCUCUCUUCUCUUUGGAAUCCACAAUGCCAUGGUUCUCUUGAGUAAGUUGUCUUGAUAAAUAAAACUGAACACUGUUGAAGACAACCCAGAAAAGACACUCAGGAAAAACUUGACGGCGACGCCUUUCAGUUAUAUAAACGACGCCUCUGUCGAUUUAAACGAAGUCUGUCUGCAUGUAACUCGCCUUUUUCUUAAGGAACUAGUUUUUGUAAGUGACGUUUUUCUCCUUUUUAUUUGCUGUCCCAUGAGAAUUUGCAUUCAUUGCCGGAAAUGGUAUCAAGAGUCUUUUCACCGGAAUCGACUCCUCUAGUGGUACAGUAGUCUCCUCUACUCAGUUAAUUUAUUUAUUUAUUGUGAAAGGUUUGAACCCAGGAGUCAUUUCAAAAGUAAGUUGAGUUUGAUCAUCCGGAUGAACGUAGUCCUGAAUAGGACUGUUGUUGUUGACAGUGACUGACGUUUCGAGAACCUGUGCGGUAGUCAUCUUCAGAGUCAAAGUGAGUUGUAUCACGUCAGUUGAUGGUAUUAUACUCUGGUUAUUGAUUUAAUUGGUCAAUUACGUCGUGAUGUUAUUGGUCGUCUGUCAGUUAAGCCUUGAUGUUAUUGGCUAUGAAGACUCGUAAUCAGUAAUUGGUGCGUUUCGAUCCGUCUAUUGUCACAGUUAAACAGUCGUCUAUUGUUAGUCAAAUUGUCAUUCUCUCGUAGUUAGUUUUGCUUGAUCUCGUCAAUUAUUCAUUUAUGUCUUUUUUAUCUGUUUAUUUAUUUUAUUGUCAUUGUUAAUAUAUAUUUUUUUCAAAUCGAUCGCUUGGAACCUUCUUUCACGGAUUCCUUAUUCCGUUUCCGUUUCCUUUUUUAUUUCCGUUUCCGUUUCCGUUUCUGGAUUCCGGAUUCCAUGUUUUAGUGCUGCCGGUAUCAAAUCAUCAAAUCUGAACUUCCUGCAUGUGUAAUGAGCAGUAUGUUUUUAUGAUAACUUCUCUGCAUUUGGUUAGAUUAUAAAAUCUUUAAAUGGAUAAAAUUGCUUUGAAGGCAUUUACAUCAAAUUCAAGAAAACUGACUUGGGCAGAAAUUUCUUAACAACCUCGCGUGUGAAUCCGCUGUUCAUUCCCCAUGCAGGAAUGCAGAGAUGAAUCUGAUAACUACAGCUACCAACAGAUUCAAGUCAUUCAAACAAAUGGAAUCAAUAUCAGCAUGUCCAGCGGAUAAACCUUUUGGAAUAACUCAGCCUGUUGAACCAGAAACGUUUUUAACAAACCAAAAGCUUUUGCAUUACCUGAGGGUACCCUUGCAUUCCCAGAUAAUCAUAAGUAAUUCUCUGUGUUUACUUUUUAUUAAAGAUGUAUGACAGCUUUGAUGUAUGGCAUCUUCUUUACGGGAACCUCAGUCACGGGAUUGCAGAGUAGGUGAUUCCCGCAAAGUGCAAGUCACUAUUUUGGCUUCUGAAUGGGGAUCAAGCAAAGGGGGUCUUUCCACCAUAAACAGAGAGUUAGCCAUUCAGUUGGCCAAAUACCCUGAAGUGGAAAUCACUUUCUUUUUACCACAAUGCAGUAAAGAGGACAAGGAGUUAGCCCUGAGGUAUAACGUAAAGAUCGUUGAAGCAACCCCCCUGUCUGGCUUUGAGCAACUGGACUGGCUUUGCUUUCCGCCUGAAGAUUUGCAAAUCGACAUUAUCGUAGGUCAUGGAGUUAAACUCUUCCUUGUGUAAAAUUUAUUAUCGAUUGCGUGAUCUAGAAUCCUGACGUGACUAAUUCUUCCUAACAAUGAUGUUAUCCUCCCUUUUCUAAAACCCUGACUACUUCCUUUUUCGCUUUCAAUUUCCUCCCGUCGUUUGCUUUUUCUGAGCCCAUCGUCUUUCUUUCUGUUAAAUGAUUUGCGAGUGUAUAUACAGGUUAGUCUUUCAGUGUCUGCUUUGAAGUUGCUAAUUUGCAAAGAUUAAGCGACUGUUGUAGAGGCUUCGACAUGAAUGCUGUCUUAGAGGCUCGGUCAAUUUAUUGUUAAACUUAUAUUUCAUAAUUGUAAUCAUUCUUAUCAAUGAGUUCGUGUCCUAGUUAUUGUAAGCGCGCAGCUACAGCACUAUCAUUGUUUUACUCCUUUACUGUGACUUUGCGUGCUUGAGUCAACAAAAUGUUCAACCCUUGUUUGUACAUUCAAACUUAGCGUAUUGCUUUGCUUAUCUAGAUGUAAUUAUUAGGUAACAACGGACAUUUCUAAAGUGGCAUGAGUUACCCGUACCGCGUCUAGUUGUUAUUUUGUGCACUUUCUACACCCCAUUGUACAGAGCUCCAUUAACUGUCCGAUCAUUUUUUUAUUAGAAUUAUUAAAUUGGGUAAAUGUUGCUAAAAUGUCUAUUCCAGCCUUAAAGUGAUUUAUCCAAACAACGUGCCACGUUUAAAAGGCAGGUAAAAUUUAAAAUCUUGUUUUAUCAGCACCGUGGAUAUACUUAACACUAACUGCGACGGUAUUGUCUGAUUGCCAAAUAAAGUCUUACCUUUUUUGAGACUAAAAGUUAUUAACUCAAUCCGAAUUCUGGCCAACCCUGCGCACGCCCUCCGCCACGGUCUUCGACGGCAUCACUAAAACAUGGAAUCCGGAAUCCGGAAUCCGGAAACGGAAACGGAAUCAUGGAAACAAAAACGGAAACGGAAUACGGAAUCAAAUAUCAAUGAUAGAAAAUUAAACCGAAUUAAAGGAUUUCACAUUGCAUUGUUUUAGUUUUCUUGGCAGUUCCCUUAAAUAUACUCUUGUUAUUGUGUCUUGAUAAGGUUUGUCGUAGUGUGGGUUAUUGCAGUGAAAGGCCGAUGAAAGUAAUUUUACGAGUAAUUUUGUUCACGAGUUUAUGGGUUGAAUAAUACAGUUAAAAAUUACCUUUGUAGCUAAAUGUCAAGAAUAGUAGUAGUUGGCCUCAGAUUACACCACGUGAUUGUCCCGAAACUGAAUCACUCAACACAUGACCGAACCGUGACGUGACCACAGUUCCGGUGUUGUAGCAAUAAGUUCAACUUUUUCGCCAAGCUAAAUACUGAUGGGAUACUGGUGUACCGGUAAUUGAGUUUACGCAGAAACUCAUCUAGGAGGUUGAACAACCCCUUACGAGUUUCUGGUUUACGUUGACGUCCGUAUUGUUGUUGAAGAGGCUUAUUAAACAUGGCGCAUUAUUUUGAUGUAAUCAGUUGCGGAAUCAAGCGAAUGCGUGCACAAUUCUCUCUUCUCUUUGGAAUCCACAAUGCCAUGGUUCUCUUGAGUAAGUUGUCUUGAUAAAUAAAACUGAACACUGUUGAAGACAACCCAGAAAAGACACUCAGGAAAAACUUGACGGCGACGCCUUUCAGUUAUAUAAACGACGCCUCUGUCGAUUUAAACGAAGUCUGUCUGCAUGUAACUCGCCUUUUUCUUAAGGAACUAGUUUUUGUAAGUGACGUUUUUCUCCUUUUUAUUUGCUGUCCCAUGAGAAUUUGCAUUCAUUGCCGGAAAUGGUAUCAAGAGUCUUUUCACCGGAAUCGACUCCUCUAGUGGUACAGUAGUCUCCUCUACUCAGUUAAUUUAUUUAUUUAUUGUGAAAGGUUUGAACCCAGGAGUCAUUUCAAAAGUAAGUUGAGUUUGAUCAUCCGGAUGAACGUAGUCCUGAAUAGGACUGUUGUUGUUGACAGUGACUGACGUUUCGAGAACCUGUGCGGUAGUCAUCUUCAGAGUCAAAGUGAGUUGUAUCACGUCAGUUGAUGGUAUUAUACUCUGGUUAUUGAUUUAAUUGGUCAAUUACGUCGUGAUGUUAUUGGUCGUCUGUCAGUUAAGCCUUGAUGUUAUUGGCUAUGAAGACUCGUAAUCAGUAAUUGGUGCGUUUCGAUCCGUCUAUUGUCACAGUUAAACAGUCGUCUAUUGUUAGUCAAAUUGUCAUUCUCUCGUAGUUAGUUUUGCUUGAUCUCGUCAAUUAUUCAUUUAUGUCUUUUUUAUCUGUUUAUUUAUUUUAUUGUCAUUGUUAAUAUAUAUUUUUUUCAAAUCGAUCGCUUGGAACCUUCUUUCACGGAUUCCUUAUUCCGUUUCCGUUUCCUUUUUUAUUUCCGUUUCCGUUUCCGUUUCUGGAUUCCGGAUUCCAUGUUUUAGUGCUGCCGGUAUCAAAUCAUCAAAUCUGAACUUCCUGCAUGUGUAAUGAGCAGUAUGUUUUUAUGAUAACUUCUCUGCAUUUGGUUAGAUUAUAAAAUCUUUAAAUGGAUAAAAUUGCUUUGAAGGCAUUUACAUCAAAUUCAAGAAAACUGACUUGGGCAGAAAUUUCUUAACAACCUCGCGUGUGAAUCCGCUGUUCAUUCCCCAUGCAGGAAUGCAGAGAUGAAUCUGAUAACUACAGCUACCAACAGAUUCAAGUCAUUCAAACAAAUGGAAUCAAUAUCAGCAUGUCCAGCGGAUAAACCUUUUGGAAUAACUCAGCCUGUUGAACCAGAAACGUUUUUAACAAACCAAAAGCUUUUGCAUUACCUGAGGGUACCCUUGCAUUCCCAGAUAAUCAUAAGUAAUUCUCUGUGUUUACUUUUUAUUAAAGAUGUAUGACAGCUUUGAUGUAUGGCAUCUUCUUUACGGGAACCUCAGUCACGGGAUUGCAGAGUAGGUGAUUCCCGCAAAGUGCAAGUCACUAUUUUGGCUUCUGAAUGGGGAUCAAGCAAAGGGGGUCUUUCCACCAUAAACAGAGAGUUAGCCAUUCAGUUGGCCAAAUACCCUGAAGUGGAAAUCACUUUCUUUUUACCACAAUGCAGUAAAGAGGACAAGGAGUUAGCCCUGAGGUAUAACGUAAAGAUCGUUGAAGCAACCCCCCUGUCUGGCUUUGAGCAACUGGACUGGCUUUGCUUUCCGCCUGAAGAUUUGCAAAUCGACAUUAUCGUAGGUCAUGGAGUUAAACUCGGUAAACAGGCACAAAUCAUUAAAAGAUCUAAAAGGUGCAAAUGGGUUCAAGUGGUGCACACAGACCCAGAGGAACUUGGAAUGUUCAAAAACUAUUCAGAUCCAAUUUCAAAAGGCGAGGAAAAGCACAAGAUCGAAGUAGAACUGUGUGAAAUGGCAGAUCAUGUUGUUGGGGUUGGUCCCAAGUUGAGCGAGGCCUUUCGCUCCUAUCUUCGCAGCUGCCAAAAAGAUGACAAUGUCCUUGACUUAACUCCAGGAGUAUUUGUAGAAUUUGAGGCUGUGAAGCAGGCUCUGAACGAAAGGCAACAACACAGUGUCUUGGUGUUUGGUCGUGGAGACGUAGAGGAUUUCGAAUUGAAAGGAUUUGACAUCGCUGGGAAAGCAGUUGCUGAGUUAGAAGAUACUCGUCUUGUCUUUGUUGGGGCUCCAGAUGGAAAACACGAAGAAAUAGCAAAACGGUUGACCGCAUGUGGUGUCCCUCCAAGUCGUUUGAGAGUAAGAGGAUUUGUUCAAGAUCGAGAGAGUCUAAGGCGCUUGUUUCAAGAAGUGGAUCUUGUUGUCAUGCCUUCAAGAACAGAGGGCUUUGGAUUGACAGGACUGGAGGCCUUGUCAGCUGGUCUCCCUGUGCUUGUCAGCCGCAACACCGGUUUUGGAGAAGCUUUACGCAGUGUACCUUUUGGAUCAACAUAUGUAGUGAACUCAGAGGAACCGGCAGAUUGGACCUCUGCUAUCAAAACCAUCUGGUUCAAGUACAGGAGAAGUCGGCUUGAGGAAGCAGAAACUCUGCGCGAAUCCUAUGGCAAGAAAUACAACUGGGCCAAACAGAUAAAAGAUCUCAUUGACAAGAUGAUCAGUUGGGUUUACGGUAUGAAUGUCAAUGUUCUUUUAUAUGAAAAAAAAAACUAUUCAUACAUUGCAAGAGGAAUUAUAGAACGUGGACUCUAAGGAGAAAUUAAAAUAAAAAAACAAAACCAAAUUUGAGUAAUAUCCACUGCCUUUUUUCUCCCGGCUGAGAUCUUGAAAAAAGGCGAUUACAAAGUUUUAUGUUACAUGUAGGCAAACGCGGUAAAGUCAUAUUGACCGAAUCCAUCUAUCAUAUGCUUUAUCCCCAGUUCACUGGCUUAUGUGGUUAUUCCAUGCAUCGCAUUUACCAAAACAACCCCUUGUUAUCUACUCUUUUUUAUCAACAGAUGAUACUUUAAGUUACCAGAGCUCUUCAGAAACAAAGCGCAGAAUUUUUCCAUCCACCGAUAAAUCUUCUCAGCGAACGGAGAGGACAACUGUAGACCCUGGAGGUAUCACCGAUGACUUAAUAAUAAUCAGCAUAAUACUAGUCUUGAAUGGUGUUGCUGGUUAAAAGUGUUCUUUGUUCAUUAAAAUCGUGAACAUUAUUUGAAUUGGGCGUUUUUUUCUAAGUCCAUGGCUUACACGCAAGCUUGAAUGAACGAUAACUUGCACUUGCAAGUUCACUUGCAUGUGCGUACCGCUCAGGCAGAACGGUUGGGUUUGGUUUGUCUUGAACUGGUCUAGGAUUUCGCUCUUUCUCCGUAUAUUAAGUUCACGAACAUAAAAACUUCUAGAGAUGGAAAAGAAAAACAGAAAACGCUGCACGUGAGUACUCGUGCUAUUUGCGUACUUUUCUUUGUACAAAUUAUUGGAUCACAUUAUGCCUAAAAGCUACCAAAAGUGUCUUUCAGGGGCACCCAACGACGGUUUCUUCCUAGAAACAUUGAAAACAAAUUUAAAUCCUUAGCCCUUGUAGAUAUCUAGAAAUGUAUUCUAAGCGGGGCUAUAAAGUUUGUGCCUGCCGGUAAUCCUAGGGGAACUUGAGCCCAUUCGAAAUUAAAAGGGCUUAAGUAUUAUUUCCGGAAAAUUUUACGUGUAAUUUAACGUAUUACGACAGUGAGAAUUUUUCUGAUUCCUUUCUCCAUCACAUUUUUGAAUCCGGGAGUGAAAUGUGAAAAAUUAAACUUCAGAAAACCGUAGGAAAGUUAUUAGAUGCCUUCGAAAAUUGUACAUAAAUAGAACGGUCAUCCAGAAAUUUUUAGCCAUCCUGAAGUAAUUGGAAAUUCUAGGCAAUAUUUUCCUUCUCCGAACAGUUAUUUUACAGAAAACAGUCGUUGGGUGCCCCUGGUUUUCCAAAAUAUCUGUUUGGAGAAGGAAAUAUUUCCCACAAAUUUUAGGAUCGUAUUUUUACCCCAAACAAACACUGUAAUUUUACUAGAACCGUACUGUGGUACUAUUACAAAGCCUGGGUUACCUGUCAGGUCCCUCACCGUAUUAGACACUGCCGUACCCACUACUUUCAAGCGCCCACUACGCUGGCUAGCUAAAAUUUAUGUAAUUGCUAAUUGUACAGGGUUUUGGAAUAGUAGUGUUUUAUUUAUUUUUGAGUACUGUCUAUAUUAACUGAUCAGUGAAAGGAAUUAGGACAGAAUGUAAUGGUGAUUCUUGUUGUUUGUUGUAGGCUCCUCUUCAGUUUCAAAGUCCACUCAAGGGAAAACCAAUUAUUCUCGUCUAUGUCGUCUGCUGAUCAGCAUAGGCUCGCGAGUGCUAAGAGAUACAUUCGACAGCAUUAUUCCACCGGGGAAUCUUCGAGAAUUGUUGAAACGUGACCCGGCGCACUCCAGACUAAAGUUACUGCGAAAGAAUAGAGUCCUAUCUUCAGUUCGUUGGAGUAAAUUGUACCCUGCCACACCCACUGAAGUGUCAUCUGCAAGCUUUGAUAUCCCCCUCUUGAUAGUGCUUCUUAGGACAAUCUGUAAUUUGAGUCCUCCACUCGCUGGCUGGGACACACCUCCUCUUACAGCAGACACCAGUCGCGAGUCUGACAUUGCGCGUAUUAAAUACUUCAUGAGCGCCGUGUCCAAACAUGCCACGGAAGGCUCUUUAAGUGAUACUGUAUUCAGUAGCUACUGGCAGCAUAUCCGUGAGACACUAGUGAGGUUGGGAGGAGCGGAUUAUGGACAUGUCAUUGAUGAAAUGAAAGACCAGGACAUUGAAUUCCUCGAUGAGGAACAUUUCAGAGAACUUCUCAAUCAGUGGAAGAAGGUAGAAGACGACAUCAAAGAGAAGCUGAAUGAACUGGAAACUAAAGAAGCUUCUAAGGAGGAAGGUAUGCUUUACAGUAGACCUUUAGCAGCUCGGGUGCCUUUAUGGGAUACCAUCCUCAGUUACCAGAGAUUAAAACAAACAGUGGUGGAUCUGCCAAUUUUUAGGUUUUUAACGGGGAAAGACUUUAUAUAUAAUAAUUAUUAAAAGGCGAUGGAUCUAGCAAUUUUUCCAUACUUUUUAAAACCCCUUUAGUUUUGCAGACAUCCCAGAACAUAUAACCUCUUAACUUUAUGGUCAAUCGUAUAAUAGUAAUAACAGUGUACUUUUUAACCUGGGCAGUAUUUAUAGCACUGAUGAUAGUGGGGCCUAGCAAAUGCCCGGAAUAAAUAAUUCAAAUCAAAUUAAAGAAAUUAAAUAGAAAUAUAAUUAGUUUUUAACGAAUGUUCCUACAUACUCCUAUCUUUGGUAUUGCUUUACCCCAAGUUAUGAUAUCCAUUUGCUGUAGACUUCCGAAAGUAACGGUCUACCCGAAAAUAACGGCUACCCGAAAGUAACAUCUAUUUUUUAAGUUUCUUUUGAAUCCCCAAAGUAACGGCCUCACCAUGACGGUCAACCCGAAAGUAGUAACACCGCGAUUAGAUGCAUCCAUAACUGUCUGUCGACCUACAUUCAGGGCCUCUUUUUUGUUAAUAUUGUGGAUUUGUUUAUGUGGGUAGUAACAUGCAUAAAUGGAAUGUAACGGCUACCCUAAAGGAGCGGCCCCUUUUGCCUACAACAUUCGAAAGUAACGGGGGCCGUUACUUUCGGAAUUGUACGGUAGUUUUUACAAAAGUAAAACUCACAGAUGGCCCUAAAACUUUGUGCCAUGAUUGCUGUUCAGUAGCAGCUGCUACAGAAGUUGUUUUUAUUGUGAUUGACUCAAUUUAGUUGAAGUUUUCAAAAGAGAAAGUAUGCUAGACACUUUUUUUUUUAAUUAUACCGUAAUAGAUGUUUGAACUGAAUGGGUAACAGAAAACCAGCCAAUUCAAUUCAAUUGAAUUGGUGUGCGUCGUGCCUCACAUUUCCACUGAAACAGUUUCAAAGGUAUUGUCAUAUAUGUUUAAUUUAUAGGAUGGAGGGCUGUCAUAACCAUCCUACAUACCCUUCACAUGAUAUACGUUUACACACGUGAUUUAUUUCUUGUGUUCAAAAUUUAGGUUUUUUUCUCGUCCAUUUUAUUUUAGAUCAUGACUCUUCAAAUUCCCAGAGCUCAUUUAAAGUAACCGACAGCGUUUCUCAGGAGACGGUAGGCUUGUCUGAGAAUCAUGGAGGUAUUCAGAUUGAAAUUCUUUAAAUAAAUCUAAUCUUAAAUCAAUCAACUCAAGUUUUAUUUUGGCUUAUUCUAUUUAUUGUCAAUAUUGUAUUGCCUUUAUUGUUAUUUGGUCCUUCUACUAGAACCUUGAAUUGUAAAUUUAAAAUUUGUUUAUGCUUAGCGUGCGUAUAUCGAGUUAUGGAUGCACGCGGGAAGUUUUGACUCUAGCUUCUUGAGUGCUCUCCAAACUUCCCAAGUGCAUCCAUAACUCGAUAUACACACAGCUAAAAGCAUGAGCAAAUUCUUUUAAAACAUAGGUGGCAAAAAUUCUUGCUUGCUUUUUGAUAAACUGCGUUUUGAAUGACGCGCGAAAGAGAAAAAACAAUUUCAAUUUCAUUGGCUACAAUCGUGUAGUUUGAAAGAAACUUCCUUCUGUAAAACUGAGUAAGAAAAUUUGGUUAUUUAUUCGUUGUUAACGAUCAGUGGAAACUAAGCAGAAACAAACGUAGUCCACCUAAAGUUAAAAUACUGAUAUGUUCGUAAGAAGUCGUGGAGGUUUGGAUUCGCUUAAAUCCAAAAGACUUGUUUUUUAGCGAAGACAACUGUCAUCCUACUUUAUAUUCCUUUUACGAACAAUGGCUGGUCAUUACGGCUUCUUGAGAAGACCUGGCAGCAGUUGUUUCGCGCUAUGUUAUAAAUGUCUUUGCCCCCCCCCCCCCCCCCCCUUCCCCCCCCGCUUUGUUCUUUGGCUUUUUUGGGGGGGGGAAAAAUUUAUUUAAAAAAAAAUUUUUUUUUUUAUAAAAAUUUUUUUUUUUUUUUUUUUAGGAAAAAAUUUUUUUGGUAAGAAAUGUUUUUUUUUCUGGUUUUCCCCCCUUUCUUAUUACCUUUUCUUCCGCCCCCUGCUUUUUUUUAGGGCGUCCCCCCCACACAAGAGAUUUUGGUUUCUCUUAAAUCCAAAAGAUUUUUUUUUUAGAGAACAAAACUUGCUCCCUAUUUUAUUUUCCUUUUCCGAACAAUGGCGGGUCUUUACGGCUUUUUGAGAAAACCCGGCAGAAGUUUUUUGGCGCUUUUUUUUAAAUGUUUUUGCCCCCCCCCCCCCCCCCCCCUUUCCCGCCUCGAUUAGUUCCUAGGCUAUUUGCGGGCGGGAAAAUAUUUAAUUAGAAAUAAUGUUGAUUUUCAAUAAAAUUUGUUCUUUGUUUUUGUAAGGGAAAAUCUUCUAUGAGCGAGAACUGAUGCUCUUCGCGUUUUCCCCACUCUAAUUAUACCCUGUCUCACGGCCUCACUGAGUUUUGAGCGCUUGCCACGCAGACAAGAGUUUUGAAGCACGUCAGAAAGUUUAACAAACCAGACUACGAGUAAUUACUGCUUUUUUUCUAGGUCUAGAUUUGUCAUACCCAACCUCCGAUGUCAUUGAAAAGAUCCGUCAGCUCUUCAAAACACGUGAACAACGCCUUCUACCCGUCCCUUGGUUAGAAGAUUUUAGCUUUCAUAUGAAUGAUAUCUUUACCAGAUUAAGGAUCGUGGGUAAAGGAAAAACCCAAGGAGUACUUAAUGACGAUAUAACCGAUAUGACUGCCAUCUUUAUGCCCAUAAAGGAAAUGGAGAAUGGAGAAGGGAAAGAAAAAAAGCCACGAACAGUCUUGAUCGAAGGAGAUCCUGGUAUGGGAAAAACCACUUACUGUCAAAAGCUGGCGUAUGAUUGGGCAACUAAGCAGAACGAAUGGGACCCUUCUUUUCCAGAGAUUGAAGUGUUAUUGCUUCUAAAAUGCCACGAAUUUAAAUCUGACAUCUGGGAAGCUAUUGAUGAUCAAAUUCUUCCCGAGGAAAUGGAUGAUGCAGCCAAGGAAUGCUUCUUUAAAUUUAUUCGUGAAAAUCAGUCCAAGGUUCUCUUAGUACUCGAUGGACUGGACGAAGCGGAUCCUAGUAAACUCAAAAUGAUCUUUAACCUUGUUGAAGGUAAACAACUCUCAGAUUGUUACAUUGUUCUCACCUCACGUCAUGAGGUUGGAAGGAAAGUCUGGAGGUACUGUGACAUUCUUUGGGAGAUUGUAGGAUUUACCCAGGAAGAUGCAAAAAGCUUUGUUCGUCAAUACUUUAAAAACAUUAACAAAGAGCAGUUAGCCUCCAAACUUUUGGAAAUGGUAUGGUCAGUUGAGUCAAAAAAGACUGAAGAACUGCGCGAAUUGACAAAAAAUCCCUUAAACACUGCUUUACUGUGUGUUAUUUUUGAGGAUUUCGAGGGCGUAUUUCCAACGAGCAGAACCCAAUUAUACAUUGAAAUUGUUCUUUGUGUUUUAAGAAGAUAUGAACAAAAGCAAGGAUUAUCGAGCGAGAAUGAAGACCUCAUGGCCGUCUAUAAAGAAGACUUAUUAUAUCUUGGAGAAAUGGCUUUACAGUCUCUUCGAAAAGGAGAGUUGUAUUUUGAACAGCAUAAAUCAUGCGCUCGCCUCAUUGCCUUAUCCAAGUUCGGAUUCCUUUCACUUCAGGCUGCUGGCAGUAAGAGGAGAGCUCGAAUCCGGUACGCCUUUCUUCAUAAGAGCUUUCAAGAAUUCUUUUCUGGUUUUUAUCUUGCUUGCAAACUUAUUGAGGGAGAUAUUAACUGUGAAUCAGUAGUGACUGACCGUAGGUAUAAUUAUGAGCUGAAACAAGUGUUUCUAUUUACGAUUGGAAUAUUAGCUUCAACGAGUGAGAAAACAGCAGAGUCUUUCGUAGAAAGUAUGGCUGUAAAUAUCAAUAGUGACAAGUCACGUCUUUUAUUUGCCUUAGAUUGUUUAUCGGAGUACGGAAGUUUUGUUCACACCUUAGGGGAGCACCUUAAUUUUACCCGUUUGACUAUUCCCUUGGAAGUUGAUGUAGAAGGUUUAAGUGGAGCGUGCUGCGGUUUUGUUCCUAUGAUGAAUAGUCUUAGUGAAUCUGGUGCUGCGUCUCUUUGCCUGGCUCUUUCAGCUAACUCUUCCUUAACGUAUUUGAAUUUUGGUUGUAAUACGAUUAGUGAUGCUAGUGCCACGUCUCUUUCCCAUGCUCUUGCAGUCAACUCCUCUUUAACUGAGUUGGUUUUGGAGGAGAGCUUGCUUUGUGAUUCUGGUGCUGCGUCUCUUUCCCAGGCUCUCGCAGUCAACUCCUCCUUAACUAAUUUAAAUUUGAGGGUCAACAGGAUUGGUGAUUCUGGUGCUGAGUCUCUUUCCAAGGCCCUCGCAGUCAACUCCUCCUUAACUAAUUUGGAUUUAAGUGAGAACAGUUUAGGUGAUUCUGGUGCUGCGUCUCUUUCCUGGGCUCUCGCAGUCAACUCCUCCUUAACUAAUUUAAAUUUGAGGGUCAACAGGAUUGGUGAUUCUGGUGCUGAGUCUCUUUCCAAGGCCCUCGCAGUCAACUCCUCCUUAACUAAUUUUCAACAGGAUUGGUGAUUCUGGUACUGAGUCUCUUUUCAAGGCCCUCGCAGUCAACUCCUCCUUAACUAAUUUGGAUUUAAGUGAGAACCGUUUAGGUGAUUCUGGUGCUGCGUCUCUUUUCAAGGCCCUCGCAGUCAACUCCUACUUAACUAAUUUAAAUUUGAGGGACAACAGGAUUGGUGAUUCUGGUACUGAGUCUCUUUUCAAGGCCCUCGCAGUCAACUCCUCCUUAACUAAUUUGGAUUUAAGUGAGAACCGUUUAGGUGAUUCUGGUGCUGCGUCUCUUUCCUGGGCUCUCGCAGUCAACUCAUCCUUAACUAAUUUGAAUUUGCGUAAGAACGGUAUUAGUUAUUCUGGCGCUGCAUCUCUUUCCCAGGCUCUUGCAGUCAACUCCUCCUUAACUAAGCUGAAUUUGAGUAGGAACAGCAUUGGUGAUGCUGGUGCUGCAUCUCUUUCUCAGGCUCUUGCCGUCAACUCCUCCUUAACUGAGCUUAAUUUGAGGUGGAACGUUAUUGCUGAUUCUGGUGCUGCUGAACUGUCCAAUGUGUGGAAGGUAAAUGCAACUGCUAAACUGUUUUGGUAG